CUCCAUCGUUGGUUGGAGGAUAGGGGGAGGAAUAGUGCCCCAUCGUUGGUGUCAGUGGGGGGGAGGAAUAGUGCCCCAUCGUUGGUGUCAGUGGGGGGAGGAAUAGUGCCCCAUCGUUGGUGUCAGUGGGGGGAGGAAUAGUGCCCCAUCGUUGGUGUCAGUGGGGGGAGGAAUAGUGCCCCAUCGUUGGUGUCAGUGGGGGGAGGAAUAGUGCCCCAUCGUUGGUGUCAGUGGGGGGAGGAAUAG